AUGCCUUCCCCAAGAGAUACAGGAGAGCGCCAGCCGCUGCUAGGCAGUGUCGGCGAGCGAGAAGACGAGAGGCGAGAGACGAUGGCGGAGUCCAGCCGGGCGACGUCGGACUCGAGCGAGACGUUGGUGCCAGCAGCCGACGCUUCCUUUUCCGACGGCCCUCAAGCGCUCGCGCCCCUCUUCUCCUCCCUCCUCGUUGACUCCGUUCCAGUAAUCCUCUCCUAUGUCCUCCAGAACUCGAUUCAGACCGUCUCUGCAAGUCUCUCCUUCGCCGUCCGGCUCAGCCGCUCCUACGGUCUCCUUCCAGGAUGGUGCAUUGCGCUCGGCGGCACAACCGCGCUCGACACCCUCGGCUCUCAGGCCUUCACCGGCGGCGAUCGUCCCUCGGUCUCUAUCCACCUCCAGCGCUGUAUGCUCCUUCUCUGGCUGCUCUUCAUCCCCGUUGCCGUCUUGUGGGCGUACAUUGAGCCCGCUCUCCUGCUUCUCGGCCAGGAAGCGCGGCUCAGCGCCGACGUCCAGGAUUUCCUCCGUGUCUUGAUUGUCGGGGCCCCAGGCUACAUCGGCUUCGAGAGUCUCAAGAAGUACCUCCAGUGCCAGGGCAUCAUGCGCAUGUCGACAUACGUCCUCCUCGCCGUCGCUCCCGUAAAUCUUGGCCUCAACGUCUUCUUCGUCCACCACACCUCGCUCGGGCUCCUCGGCGCCCCGCUUGCCAUCUCUAACGGAACGUGGGCAGGCUUCCAGCCCGGAGUCGUGCUCGACCCCGCCAGCUGCGUGUACUUCCUCAGGCUGGCUAUUCCCGGCGUCCUCAUGGUGGGCACCGAGUGGGCCGCGUUCGAAGUCGUCGCGCUUGCUGCGGGACGCUUGGGACCCUUGCCUCUCGCUGCGCAGUCCGUCAUCAUGACCACCGACCAGAUCAUCAACACCAUCCCUUUCGGCAUCGGCGUUGCCGCGUCUGCCCGAGUCGGAAACCUCAUAGGAGCGAGAGCUGCGGAAGCUGCGAAGCGGGCGAGCCACGCCUCUGCGUUGUUGAGUGUCGUUGUUGGCGCCACGGUCAUGACCGUCCUCAUAGCUACGAAAGACGUAUUUGGAUAUCUCUACAGUGAUGACGACGAGGUCGUCAACCUCGUCAGUCAAGUGAUGCCCCUCGUCGCGUCAUUCCAGAUCGCUGACGGCCUUGCGGGAUCCUGCGGCGGUGUACUCCGUGGACAGGGGCGUCAGCACCUCGGGGCGCUCUUCAACUUGGUGGCGUACUAUGUCCUCGCGCUUCCUCUCGGAAUCACGCUGGCGUUUCAUCCGAGGACACACCUCGGGCUCCAAGGUCUUUGGAUCGGCCAAGUUGUCGCUCUGUUCAUCGUCGGCCUCAGCGAGUACGGGGUCGUCUGGAUGGGCACUGACUGGCAGAAAGAGGUGCAGCGCGGGAUCGAACGUAACGAGGCGGAGGCGAAGCGCCGCCAGAUCCAUGAGCGCCGUCGCUCGAACGAAAACACGAGCGCAUAG